AUGAAAACAAUCAACUUCAUCACAGGCAACAAAAACAAACUAGCCGAAGUCCAAGCUAUUCUAGGGGAUACCAUAGAAGUGCAGAAUCGGGCUAUCGAUGUGCCUGAGAUACAGGGUUCGAUUGAGGAGAUUGCAAAAGAGAAAUGCCGUAAAGCAGCGGAGACGGUACAAGGGCCAGCGUUGACGGAGGAUACAGCUCUGGAAUUCAAUGCAUUAAAAGGGCUGCCGGGGCCAUAUAUCAAGUGGUUUCUCGAAGCCCUAGGUCACGACGGGCUUAAUAAGUUGUUGGAUCCAUAUGAAGACAAAUCCAUCGUAGCAGUGUGCACGUUUGCGUUUUCCAGUGGACCAGGGUCGAAUGGUCCCAGCCAGGGGCCUGGCGACAUUCGGUAUAACCCCGCUUACCCAAUAGGGCCGUCACAUCCCCUUCCCUUUUUAAACCAGCGAACAAAGGAUUGA